AUGUCUUCAGCCAGGUUCUGCCAGAGGUCUUUGCUACCAGGGAAUGUUUUCUACCUAUUGCUGAGCAUUGGUGGACUUCUUAAGACAGAUACUCGUGCUUGGAUCACUUGGUUUGGAAAUAACUCUUUGCUGCAACCUCUAUGGGACAAUCUGAGGCUCAACUACAGGGACUAUUUGAGAUCUCCACUUUUCCCCAUUGUGCUGACCGUCUCUUCCUACUUUAUCAUCUGCCUUCCUUAUCUUGUUUGUGACAUCAUGGGGGACAGGUGGGCAUGGGUCCAGCAAUUCAAGAUACAACCAACCCGCAAACCGACAGCCUCUACACUGCUGCACUGUGCGAGUGUCACCUUGUACAACCAUGUGUUUCUUGUGUUCCCCGCAUCUGUGGCUCAGUGGGCCUGGAGGCCACCUGUGGACCUGCCGGAACAAGCGCCGGCCCUGCUGGAGCUGAUCACUGGGGUGAUAGGCAACCUCCUGCUGUUUGACUUCCAGUACUUCAUUUGGCAUCUGCUUCACCACAGGAUCCGCUGGUUGUAUGUCACCUUCCAUGCCAUCCACCAUAAUUACUCGUCUCCUUUUGCUCUUGCCACUCAGUGUCUUGGCGGCUGGGAGCUGGUCACAGUGGGCUUUUGGACCACGCUGAAUCCUAUGAUCCUGAGAUCUCAUCUUCUCACCACGUGGGCCUUCAUGGUAUUGCAUGUGUACGUUUCUAUAGAGGAUCACUGUGGCUAUGAUUUUCCCUGGUCCACGUCACGCGUGAUACCGUUUGGCAUUUACGGAGGGCCCAGCAAACACGACGUGCACCAUCAGAAACCCAACACCAACUUUGCACCGCACUUCAGUCACUGGGACAAAAUAUUUGGCACACAUGCUGAUUUCAGCUUCUGUACUACAGUGAAAUAGGCUGUUACACAAUUGACAGCAGCUACAUAGAAAAUUAAUGUGUCUGUUCUGUUUCUUUCCAAUUAUGUGAGUAUAAAGGUAUUAAGGAAUGGAAGCAGAUGAGAAAUGUACAUUUUCCUUAAGUGCAAAUGGAGGGAGGAUAUUGCCAGCACUCGGCUAAGACUUUCCUGUAACUUUGAGAACAAUUUCUUAAUUCUGCUUAUGAAAUCAUUGUUUUUUUUUUUUAAACCAUGUGUACCAUAUAAAUAAGUGACAUAAAUCCAUCUGCCUCAUACUGUAUUUGGCGUCUUACCUUUGAAACAGCUUUAGAAAUGACUUACUAUAUUCCUCCUCAGACAAAUGCAUGUAUUUUCAGGCCCAG